AUGCCAGUUUAUUGGUCAUGCCGGGUCAUGCCAGUCUUUGGGUCAUGCCAGGUUUUGGGUCUUGCCAAUUUUUGGGUCAUGCCAGUCUUUGGGUCAUGCCAGUUUUUGGGUCUUGCCAAUUUUUGGUCAUGCCAAUUUGCGUUCGCGAACCCUGUGCCGGACAACUUCGCGCUGGUAGCGUGCCUAGAAGCACUGGAACUUGAGCGUGAUGGAUUUGCUUACACUGCUUUUUCAGCAUCAAAGUCGUUGGACGAUGGCGGCGAGGCCUUGGGCGCCGAGUGGCGCGUCGAGGAGCACGCCGAGGACUCGCUGCUCAGGACGCUCGUCGUGGCCCUGGCUGCCAGCGGCCGCCUGCGACAGUGCAGGGAAGUCCUGCGGAAGGCGCCCUCUGCACCGCCGCUGCCGGCCGAGCAGCGCAUCGAGGAGCUCGCCUUGGUUCUCAGCACUGCUGGCCCUGGCGCUCGACGGGGCGAGAAGGAAAAGACGCUGCACCGCGUGCGACAGCAUGGGGUGCGCAGGGUGACCGAGGUGGACUGCAAAUCCGACCCGGCCUGGUGCCUGGACUUCCUGUGCAGUGCCGCCCCCUCGCUGGAGGAGCUGGAGGUGUCGCACCCCGGCGAGGACCACCUGAGCGUGGUGCACUGCAUGCCGCGACUGCGGCGGCUGCACUUGGGGUGCGACUACGGGCCCCUGGCCGCCCUGCUGCCCGCGCUGCCGCAGCCCAGCAGCCUGCAGUGGCUGCGGGUGUUCGGCCUCCCCUCCGCCACCACCCAGUCCCUGCUGCGGGCGCACGCGGCCUCGCUGGAUGUGCUGUGGCUGGGGAUGGGCGCCGCGCCCGGCGCGGACUGGCCAGACGGAUGCAGCGACCUGGACGCCUUGCUGGGCCCGUGCGGCCUGCGCCUGUCGCGCCUCGUGCUGCUGCGCAGCCACGGCCCGGAGGGCGAAGCUGCCUGCCGCGCCCAGGAGCGUUUAACGCUGUAA